AUGGCUCCAACGGUCGAAGAGCUCGACGCGACUGUCCGCGCCUUCUACGAGGGGCGUGGAGAGCCACAAAAAGUUGCGCAAGCCGCCCUUAACCAGUUCAAGGAAGAUCCAGACGCCUGGCUAUUAGUAGAUAAGAUCCUACAAGAUGCCACAUAUCCACAAACUAAAUAUUUGGGUCUACAAGUCCUUGACAAUGUCAUCAUGACCAGGUGGAAGGUUCUCCCUAAGGAACAGUGUCAAGGGAUCCGAAACUUUGUGGUAAACUUCAUAGUUCAAUGCUCGAACUCAGAAGAAUCACUCAAAACUCAACGUACACUUCUAAACAAGCUAAAUCUCGUCCUGAUUUCAGUAUUAAAACAGGAGUGGCCUCACAACUGGCCCACAUUUAUCAACGAGAUUAUAUCCUCAUGUCACACAAGCUUAUCGAUUUGUGAAAACAACAUGGCAAUAUUACGGCUCCUUUCUGAAGAAGUAUUUGAUUAUUCUGCGGAUCAAAUGACUUCAACAAAGACAAAAAGCCUGAAAUCUACAAUGUGUACCGAGUUCUCAUCUAUCUUCCAGCUAUGUAGCGAAGUAUUAAAUAGUGCUACGCAGCCGAGCCUUAUUAAAGCCACACUUGAGACGCUGCUUCGUUUUUUCAAUUGGAUUCCAUUCGGAUAUAUCUUCGAGACACCCAUCAUUGACACAUUAAGAAGUAGAUUUCUGGAAAUGCCGGAGUUCAGAAAUGUUACACUCAAGUGUUUGACUGAAAUAGGAGGAUUACAGACAGGCCAGAAUAAUGCGUACAAUGAAAAAUUGGUAUCAAUGUUCACUGAAGUUCUAACUGCAAUCGCCAAAAUCAUUCCUCUCUCGCUGGAUCUGAAAGCAACCUACAACUCCAGCAACUCCAAAGACCAAGAGUUUAUUCAAAACCUUGCCCUAUUUCUUGUCAACUUCUUCAGCGUCCAUCUAGCACUAAUCGAAAACCUUCCAAAUCAAUUUUACCUGACCCAUUCUCACUUCUACUUGAUUCGAAUUUCCCAGAUCGACGAUAGAGAAAUUUUCAAAAUAUGUUUAGAAUACUGGACCAAACUUGCGCAAGAACUCUACAACGAAAUGCAGACUCUACCUAUGACCGAUGUCAAUACACUCGCAACACUCGGUGGGCCUCCUCUUGGAAACUCUGGUGCUCCCAACCCAAGUAUGCUAGAAAAUUAUCCACUUCGAAAGCAUAAAUAUACCACAGUGCUUCCAAACCUGCGUGCUCUUAUCAUUGAAAAGAUGGUACGGCCAGAAGAAGUCCUGAUUGUUGAAAAUGAUGAGGGUGAAAUCGUCAGGGAAUUCGUCAAGGAAAGUGACACAAUCCAGCUUUACAAAACGACUCGGGAGUGUCUUGUCUACUUAACGCAUUUAGAUGUGGUUGAUACGGAAUAUAUCAUGACAGAAAAACUAGCUCGACAGGUGGAUGGUAGUGAAUGGUCAUGGGCAAACUGUAAUACGCUUUGUUGGGCCAUAGGAUCUAUUUCACUCGCCAUGAAUGAAGAAACCGAGAAACGUUUCUUAGUGACUGUAAUCAAAGACCUCCUUGGUCUGACCGAAAUGAAAAGGGGAAAAGAUAACAAAGCCGUGGUAGCCAGUAACAUUAUGUACAUCGUUGGUCAAUAUCCUCGAUUUUUGAAGGCUCACUGGAAAUUCUUGAAGACAGUCGUAAAUAAACUCUUCGAAUUUAUGCAUGAAUCGCAUGAGGGUGUACAAGAUAUGGCUUGCGAUACCUUUAUAAAAAUUGCCAAGCAGUGCAAGCGUCACUUUACCACUCUACAACCUGGUGAAACUGAACCUUUUAUUGAAGAGAUUGUUCGAAAUAUGCGCAAAAUCACAUGUGAUCUCCUGCCACAACAAGUUCACACUUUUUAUGAGGCUUGUGGCUAUAUGAUAGCUGCUCGACCUCAAAAAAACGUCCAAGAGAGGCUGAUCGCCGAAUUAAUGUUGUUUCCUAACACCUCUUGGGAUAGUAUCAUACAACAGGCAACUGCCAAUCCAGCGAUUCUACAAGACCCAGUUAUUAUCAAAGUCAUCGGAAACGUGAUGAAGACCAAUGUAUCAGCAUGCUCAUCAAUAGGAAGCUACUUUUAUCCUCAAAUUGGUAGGAUAUAUCUCGACAUGUUAUCUAUGUAUCGUGCGACCAGCGAAAUUGCAACGAGGAUGCCUAGCGUUCGUGGGCUUAGAACCAUCAAGAAAGAAAUUCUCAAGCUUAUUGAAAUUUAUGUAGAAAAAGCUGACGAUCACGAGAUGGUUCGAACAAACAUUGUUCCAGCUCUGUUAGACGCCGUAUUAGUCGACUACAAUCGAAAUGUUCCAGAUGCUCGGGAAGCUGAAGUUUUAAAAGUUAUGUCGACAAUUAUCACUAAGCUCUCUUCUCUCAUGGAAGAUCAAGUACCCACAAUUAUGGAGAACGUAUUUGAAUGUACCCUUGAGAUGAUCAACAAAGACUUUUCAGAAUUCCCUGAACAUCGUAUAGAAUUUUUUACGCUUCUCCGGGCUAUUAACCUCUACUGCUUUCCUGCUCUCUUGAAGCUUGAUAAUAGGCAAUUUAAGUUUGUCAUUGACUCUUGUAUGUGGGCUAGCAAACAUGAUAAUCAUGAGGUUGAAUCUGCGGGACUCAACAUGUGCCUCGAGCUAAUAUCAAAUAUUGCCGAAACUAACCCAGGAACAUCUAACGCUUUCUUCCAACAGUUUUUUGUUCCUAUCCUACAGGAUGUAUUCUUUGUCCUCACUGAUACCGACCACAAAGCUGGCUUCAAGUCUCAGUCUACGCUUUUAUCUAAAAUGCUGUAUCUCAUUCAUCCAGCCGAUGGAUCAACACCUAAAAUACAGGGUCCAGUAUAUCAACCUAAUCAGGCGCCAGCUGGUACUAGUAAUAAAGAGUUUCUGAGUGAUUUUAUAGCCAAACUUCUUCAGAAUGCAUUUCCAAAUUUGCAAUCGAGUCAAAUAAAGGUGUUUGUUGAAGGCCUUUUCGCCCUUAACAGUACUUGUGAUAGGUUUAAGUUAAAUCUACGUGAUUUCCUUAUUCAGUUAAAGGAAUUUGCAGGUGAUAACACCGAACUCUUUGCCGAUGAGAAAGAACAGCAAGAGAGAGAUGCAAAAGCUGCUGAGAGAGAGCGGCUUUCAAAGGUUGGUGGCUUGCUCAAGCCAGCUGAGCUUGCUGAAGAAGACGAUGAAUUGUGA